AUGAACUUCUCUGGCAAGUACCAAGUCCAGACCCAGGAGAACUACGAGGCCUUCAUGAAGGCAGUUGGGAUGCCCGAUGACAUCAUCCAGAAGGGAAAGGAUAUCAAGGGGGUGUCGGAAAUCGUGCAGAAUGGGAAGCACUUCAAGUUCACCAUCACCGCUGGCUCCAAAGUGAUCCAGAAUGAGUUCACCUUGGGGGAGGAGUGUGAGAUGGAGUUCAUGACUGGGGAGAAGAUCAAGGCGGUGGUUCAGCUGGAAGGUGAUAAUAAACUGGUGACAACUUUCAAGGGCAUCAAGUCUGUGACUGAAUUCAAUGGUGACACUGUCACCAGUACGAUGACGAAGGGCGACAUUGUCUUCAAGAGAAUCAGCAAGAGAAUUUAG